AUGGCGUACGUAGUAGUCAAACGUUUGGAUAUAGGGAUAAAUGCAAUUGUUGCUUCUCAUUGGAUCCAAAAUUCUAGAAGUGGAUUGAAGUGCUACAUUCCUCAAGAAGAUGUGGAUGACGAAGAAUCUUCGUUGCAAUGGGCAAAGGAUCGAAUUGAAAUCAAUAAAGAGUUGUGGCCUCUGAUAGAAAUAAAAAGAAUAAAAUUUUUUAGUGACUGGGAAGCUGCUCUCAUCUACUUACAACAAUUAAAAUCUCACAUAAUUUCGCGAAAUGAAGUUCAUUUACCAGGCAACAGCAAUAAAUCUUUAAUUGGAGAUAAAAAUCCAAAAGUAUCUAGUGUGCCGCAAAUGCCUAGUGAAUUGGACCGAACACUUCUAUACCGUAACAAAAAUGUAAAUAGUUCGACAAAUGAUACAGUUCAGGAAGUUCAAAUUCCCGUCAUUGACAUAACUGCUCAUAAGAAAAAAGCAUUAAGUCUUUUAAAGGAAACUAGAAGUAUCAUGGAAAAUAUUAAUUUGCGGUUUUCGCACCUGGAGAAAAUAUAUGGAGCAACAAACGUCGUUGGCGAAUCGAUAAGGAACUUAUUGCCUCUUAAGACUUUCGAUCAAAUUUUAAAUUUUGAGAACCUGUUAUCCACUAAUGAGUUAGUGGAUGAACAAUUUAAAAGCUUAAUCACAUCAAUCGGAGGUAAAACCGAUAAGGAGUUUAUAGUUCGAACAAUGGACAGGAUUUUCUCAAAAGAUUGCGCCAAAACAUGCUCUUGGGCUGGUCGCCAGUAUAAGAAUUUAAAUAAAAUCGAAAAAAAGGGCUUAAAGAUUGCCUCACUAUAAAAAUUCUUAAAGGUGUUGUAUGUGCUCUCAAGGAUACAACUGAGGCAAAUUUGGAUGUUUACAUAAAAAAUUAUUUGUGGAACGCGUCCAGAACUAUUUAAAUUUAUUUUGGAAU